AUGCCCUGUCCACUGGCUCAGCCGCAGCUCUCGCUUCACAGAUGUAGCGUGCCCCUCCGGAGAUGUUCAUCUGCAUACAUACGGGUGCCCUUUUCACGCCUUUCAGCAGCGGUUGUGCGCUGUGUGCAGAGGCCUCCCCAGGUGGACGACCCAGUUCAGCAACAGAGGUACCUAUCGGACAACCGGCAAGUAGAACAAGAGAAGGAGCUUCAGUAUCUUAGCACAGUGCUUCCACGCACUGAAUCGCGUUACGAGGCCCUUGCAGCGUGGGUAGGCGCGGCAGUGGCGUUCGGGGCUGGAAUUUGGUAUGUGCAGGGCGCGGAGAAGGCACAGGAAUACUUCGCUGGAUAUCUACUGGAGCAGUCAUUGUCCGUAGACAACUUGUUUGUGUUUGUGUUGGUUUUCAACUUCCUUAAAACGCCGGUCGAAGCGCAAAGCAAGGUGCUGACUUGGGGCAUUGCGACAGCGGCAGUGUUGCGUGCCGUGCUCAUCGUGCUGGGCGUGGAGCUUGUAAGGGAGUUCGAGCCGCUCCUGCUAAUUUUUGCUGGGAUCCUCCUAUUAUCCUCAUUUAAGCUUCUCACCGCCAGCGCUGACGAUGACGACGACGACCUAUCGGAAAACUUUAUCUACAGAUUCUGCUCACGUUUCAUUAAAGUGUCGGAUACUUACGACGGCGAUAACUUCUUCACAGUCCGCGACGGCACGCGCAUGGCAACACCACUCUUGCUGACGCUGGCUGUCGUGGAGCUCAGCGACGUCGUGUUUGCAGUGGACUCAAUUCCUGCGGUGUUCGGCGUGACGCUAGAUCCCUUCAUCGUAUAUACGUCCAACGUUUUCGCCAUUCUCAGUCUGCGGGCACUGUACUCAUUCGUAGCAACAGCCAUGGGUGAGCUCCGCUUCUUGGACAAGGCAGUCGCUAUCGUGCUGGGAUUUAUUGGCUCAAAAAUGGUUCUCGGCUUUGCGGACAUUGAGAUUCCGACCGACGUCUCGCUGCUUGUGGUGGGCCUGGUGCUGGGAGCGGGCGUGGGAGCGAGCUUGGCGCUGCCAGAAAGCAAGGAGGACUGAGCGACGGCGGCAGCAGCAGGCAGUUAUUCAGAGACCGCCUCAUGUAUAUGUAUGCGACUUGUGGGGUUGUGCAAGAGAGGUGUGCUGAAGCGAUGGUGGGGUUAUGCCGAUGGGCGAAUUGCAGUGUGCGCCCUUCCCCCGUGUCACGGUCUUGUGCCCUAGCCUGAAAUCCAGGUGUGCUUCUUGGUCCGGGUGUGAGGAAUUUUGGCCGUGCUUGUCAUGCUGCCGGCAACAGCGACCGAAGCUGCAUUUCGGCGAACCAGGUUUGCAUGUUGGGAUGUGCCAGCCUUAUACAUCCAUUCGCAAAUACUGUUAAUGUGGAAGAGCAGGGUUGGCUGGGCCGAACGUAUCUGAUGAGUGCAGUGGACCGUGCUCCCGCCUGGCCGGGCGCGUCAGAUGACUCUCGUGUUGUGACGCGCCGCACGAGUGCGCCUCGCUGUGUUUCUGUACUCGGAACAUGUAUGACCAAUUCGGCUUACUCUGGAUCUCCGUUGGUCCCAACUCCAUCUGUUUUAAUUUUGCAAGGUAUAAGAUUAUUGCACAUGGGUGAUGUGAUGUGAAACCCACGAAUCUAUUUUCGGGGGAUGAUACGUGUCCUGUCCAGCGCGUGGUUAUCUUGUGCGCAGCUUUGCUGCCAGGCAGCUCUGUCGUCUGUGUCAUGAGAGCGAUUCCCUUCUCUUUGUCAGCUAGGGCGUUGCCAGGUCGGUGCUGGUCCAGCUGCUUGAAGGCGCGGCGUGUAGGCCGGGGACCGAUAUACUGGUGACUGACACCCUUUGGUUUUCCCAUUUCCCCCCCUUUUGGGGAAAACCCAAAGGUUGGACGGGCUCGGCUCAGACAGGUUUGGGGCGAUGCUGAGAGCUGUCCUGCCAUGUACCGUAUCAGCGGCUUAAAAGUUUAAUUGGCUGUCUUUGCUCAAAGGACGCCGGUAGAUUGACGUGUGUUUUAGUUAUGGAGCAAAAGAUGCGGUUGUAGCAUCGACAUGCAGCGGCAGCAGCAGCCAUGAUCGUAGGCGCAGGUCAAAUG